CACUUCCUGUUUCUUUAGGGGAACGUGGCUUUUCCCCGCAGCGCCCGUGUGUCCGUCUGCGUUGGUGCUGCAGCGGCUGGAGCUGGAGUCGGAUCCCGAGCGCAGCCUGGCCAUGGACUCGGCCCUCAGCGACCCGCAUAACGGCAGCGCCGAGACCGGCAGCGCAGCCAACGGCACGACGCGGCCGCCUUCCACGCCCGAGGGCAUCGCGCUGGCCUACGGCAGCCUCCUGCUCAUGGCGCUGCUGCCCAUCUUCUUCGGCGCCCUGCGCUCGGUGCGCUGCGCCCGCGGCAAGAAUGCCUCGGACAUGCCCGAGACCAUCACCAGCCGGGACGCCGCCCGCUUCCCCAUCAUUGCCAGCUGCACACUGCUGGGCCUCUACCUCUUUUUCAAGAUAUUUUCCCAGGAGUACAUCAACCUCUUGCUGUCCAUGUAUUUCUUCGUGCUGGGAAUCCUGGCCCUGUCCCACACCAUCAGCCCCUUCAUGAAUAAAUUUUUCCCAGUCAACUUCCCCAACCGCCAGUACCAGCUGCUCUUCACACAGGGCUCUGGGGAGAACAAAGAAGAGAUCAUCAAUUACGAGUUUGACACUAAGGAUCUGGUGUGCCUGGGCCUGAGCAGCAUUGUUGGUGUCUGGUACCUGCUGAGGAAGCACUGGAUCGCCAACAACCUGUUCGGCUUGGCCUUCUCGCUGAACGGGGUGGAGCUCCUGCACCUGAACAACGUGAGCACAGGCUGCAUCCUGCUGGGCGGCCUCUUCAUCUACGACGUCUUCUGGGUGUUUGGCACUAACGUCAUGGUGACAGUGGCCAAGUCCUUUGAAGCACCAAUAAAAUUGGUGUUUCCCCAAGACCUGCUGGAGAAGGGCCUCGAAGCGGACAACUUCGCCAUGCUGGGCCUGGGAGACAUCGUCAUUCCAGGGAUCUUCAUUGCCUUGCUGCUGCGCUUUGACAUCAGCUUGAAGAAGAACACGCACACUUACUUCUACACCAGCUUCGCAGCCUACAUCUUCGGCCUGGGCCUCACCAUCUUCAUCAUGCACCUCUUCAAGCACGCUCAGCCUGCCCUGCUGUACCUGGUCCCUGCCUGCAUCGGCUUUCCCGUCCUGGUGGCGCUGGCCAAGGGAGAAGUGACAGAAAUGUUCAGCUACGAGUCCUCGGCGGAAAUCCUGCCUCACACUCCGAGGCUCACCCACUUCCCCACGGUCUCGGGCUCCCCAGCCAGCCUGGCCGACUCCAUGCAGCAGAAGCGAGCCGGCCCCCGCCGCCGGCGCCCGCAGAAUCCCAGCGCCAUUUAUGAGGAGUCGAGUCCUAAGGAUCCCACAGCAGUGACAGAAUCCAAAGAGGCAACAGAGGCGGCGGCGGCCAAGGGGCUGGAGAAGAAGGACAAGUGACAUCUCUGGGGGUUGCCCCUUGGGGCCAGAGCAGACAGGCGGUGCAUGGACCCAAAGGGCGUACAUGGGCUGAGCCCACAGGAGGCCCUGGGGUGGGCAGUGGGUCCCUCCAGCCAAGCCUCCAGGGCCUCGCCUUCCCUCCUAGCCUCCUCUGGCCUCCCUCUGUCCCCCUCCUCCCCUCCCCUACGGGCAAAGCUAUCCCCAGCCUCCUCCCUUCCCAGAAGCCAAGUGGGAAAAGUGGGCGUGAUUUUUAGACUUUUGUAUUGUGGACUGACUUUGCCUCACAUUAAAAACUCAUCCGUG